UACACACUUACUGGAGCCAGCAUACGGUCUUAUUACCAAAGCUUUUCACGAUAAUGUCAAGGACAAGCGACGCCCGAUUGAUCCUGAGAUUCCAUUUGAGUUCUGUUACGAAACAAGUCCAAAUACUACAAGCUUUAAAUUCCCUAGAGUAAAUAUGACUUUUGCUGGAGGAUCCCAAAUGACUCUGAGAGAUCCGCUUUUCACAGUGUGGAAUGAGGACGAUUCCGCCAUGUACUGCUUGGCUAUCCUGAAGAGCGUGGAUUUCAAGCUUAACAUUAUCGGACAGAACUUGAUGUCAGGCUACCGCAUUGUAUUCGACCGGGAGAGAAUGAUUUUGGGUUGGAAGCGGUCUAAUUGUUUUGAAGAUGAAAGCUUGGAAUCUACAACUCCACCAGAGGUCGAAGCUCCUCCACCAAGUGUAUCCACUCCACCACCGACUCUUUCUCCUCCUGCUACUUCUGGUCCAUCGCCACUGAUCGAUCCUCGUAACUCCACCAGAAACCCUGGCACAGGCGGUGCAGCCAACCUCAGCCCUCUUGCAGCUGAACUCCUACUUCUCCUACCUCUUAUGGCCUUCCUCUGAUUCACAGAAACCUUUCGUUUUGUGUUGGUUUGACCAUUUUAUGUUCGUAUAAUAAUAAUCUUCUUUUGAUGAGCAAAACAAUGUUCAUUGGUCUAUCAUUUAAGAGUGGUAAUCUUGGAUCCCUGUUACAGUGUACUAUGUUUUUAUUAUGUAAAAUGUCUUGGAUAUGUGAGAGUGCUUGAAGCAAUUGCAAAUUUGCAGGAUAGAGAUGUCAAAACAAUGUUAUGGCCUUUGUCUA